CUCUUUCACUGUCCCGGGGGCGCCCUUUCUCUUUCACUGUCCCAGUUGAGGUAGGAUCUAUAGGCCAAACGCAUGUAAACUGUAAAUUAAACACUUUUUUUUUUCUUAAUACAUUAUGACAUUAUUUGUAUCAGCCAAGUCCACAUUAUUGCAAGCCGCGCGAAACGGGUAUAACUAGAUAUUGAAUAUAUCUGAAGACGCGUAGAGCGACUGGGGGCGCAUGUCCCGAGACGGUGGGUAUAUUCCCACAACCUGGGACAGUUUGGGGCGAUGUGUGUAGAUCAUGGGUGUAGAUGGAUGAACCAAAUAUACGGGUUCUAAUCCGGGUUCUCUAGACCUGUCUUGUCAUCGAAACACGGCAAGGCGGAAGUGCUCCUGCCGGCUGGACUGGACUACUCACACAACCACACCAUGGCAACUGCAACGACGCGACUUGGCGCUUUUUUAAUGGUGCUUUAUACGUGUUUUGCGGACGAUAUCAACCUGAUUCACAAACCAGACUCGGCGCCAGUCAGGUUGUUCACAGAAGAAGAGCUGAAGAGAUAUGACGGCAGCGAGGACGGACAGCCCAUCUACAUGGCCAUCAAGGGAGUUGUGUUUGACGUGACCAAAGGAAAAGGGUUCUACGGUAAAGGGGCCGCUUACAACGCCCUGGUGGGCCGAGACUCGACGCGGGCCGUGGCCAAGAUGUCCCUGGACCCGGCGGACUUGACCCCCGAUACGGAGGGUCUCACCGCGGACCAGCUGAACUCCCUGGAGAAGGUCUUCGAGGGCACCUACAAGACCAAGUACCCCAUCGCGGGGUACACCGCCGCCCGCAUACUCAACCCCGACGGCAGCCCCAACAAACACUUCCAACCGGAGUCCCAGCCCCAGCUCAGAACCAAAGACGAGUUCUGAGGGGGUUCUGAUCAACCCCACAGGCCCCGCCUCCCUCUUUGACGUCAGAGAGGGAGGCGGGGCAGUGGGAGUGGCGGCCAUCUCAUUCAGCCGAAUAAACGGAUGACGAAGAUGACGACAUAAGAGGCAUAAGAGACAGAACGCCUUUUUUUUUUUUUUUACCUUGCCAGCGGAUUUCCUCAGAAACUGAACGGGACUCUGUGUGACGGGUUUUUAUUGGGGGGGCCAGCCGGGGAGUGCCCUGUUUUUUUAUUGGGGGUGCCUCCCUGUGACUGGGCCUGUGUGCACCACACCAACGAUCAAUGAUGUGAAAAUGAGGAUAGUGAUGACAGUGAUACAGAGAUGUACUCUGUACUCUCCAGCUGUAGAGCAUCCGUAAGCCCCCUCCCUACUGUACUCAAUAGUGGCUUGUAUCUAAAAAAUACUCAUAAACUAUAAGUGGCAUCGGAGAAUAGUGUGUGAUAAAAUGACAACAGUGAGCUGUAAUAGUGACAUUGCCAUAACACAGUAUAAAGCACUUUUCCCUGACACUGGCUUAAGAUAUAAAGUACUAGGAGGUAAAGUUAUUAAGUCUUUACAACUAAGGUACGUGCUGUACAGGAAGUCGAUGCUGACCACACGCUGGACAUUUGGUCCACAAUUCGACUCCUACCUGCAGGCUUGUUUUGUUUAGUAGUUCCCCUCUCAGUCUAGUAAUGUUUCACUACCUGACAGAAGCUGAUAUUCAACACCAGAAAACACUUACCAUAGCUAUCGGUUAUCACAGCAAAUUCAAUCUUUCAAAUAAACAAUCAAAUCAUCAGAUCAAGAAAUUGUCUGCAUUUAUAUUCCAUCUGUACUGUUUAAUAUAAAACAAUUGAGGAAAAAAAUCAAAAAGGACUUUAUUUGCUAUUUGACUGUUUUUCUGAAUAAAGUGCCUUAAUCCUCAA